AUGGCAGACCUCGCUCCACACGGAACGGCCGAUCCCGGUAGCAGUUCCGAUCCGAGCAGCGCGGCCGUAGCGAACGAUGCCGGAAACGGUGUCGGAUAUCCGACGCAGCAAGAGGCGCAGAAUCAGCAACAGCAGCAGCAUCAGCAGCAACAGGUUCAGGACAGCGCGCAGCAGCAAUCACCGCCACAACAACAACAACAACAAGUACAGAAACAACAACAACAACCACAACAACAGGCGCAGACGCAGACGCAGUCGCAGCCGCAGUCGCAGCCGCAUGCCGCGGAUGCUUCCGAGGAAAGUCCCGCGGAUAGCAGUCGGCGCGAAAAUGUUCUGAUGUCGGGGCAAGCGCCUGGAACAGUGGCACAACGUGAGCAUCAAUGGCCCCCCCAGCACCAACAGCACCAACAGCAACAUCAUGCAUACCACUACAGCCCGCAGGGUGGAGGCUACUACACAGCGCCUGCAGGACCCUCAGUGGUGGACGGCGCGCAUGUGGCACAGUACACGUACGCGUACCACCCAAAUGCAGCCGCACAGCAACAGCAGCAGGCGUCUGAAGGCGCCGCAGCGUAUGCUGCAUCAUAUGGCGCACCUCCAGGCUACGCUUACUACCCGCCCGUCUACGGCAGCAGCGCGGGCGCAGAGGAGCAGCAGCACUAUGCGCUACACCAGCCACAGCAGCAGCAGCAGCAGCAGCAGCAGCAACAGCAACCGCAGCAGCAGCCCGCAGCCGCGUAUCUGUCAUAUCGCCAGUACGACCAUGCACAAGCGCAGGCCCAAGCCCAGGCCCAGGCUCAGGCACAAGCACAAGCGCAAGCACAGUAUCAGGCUCAGACCCAUGCACAGUCAUACCAGUAUCCCGGAUUCCGUGCUGCAGGACCUGCGGAGGAUAUCACAAACUCGCCGGUGGGCCACGGAUCAUACUACGGCGAGGAUGCAAUGGCUCAUGCGAAGCGGCGCAACAUGCCCGUUCCCGCCCGCUCUUCUGUGGACAGUUCUGCAUUGCUGGGGCUGGCCACUGCAGGCGCCAGCGUAGAACCGGGCCAGCAUGUAUCGUCCCAUGCGUCUCCGGUUGCAGGUCCAUCUGCGCCUGUGCAUCCAGCUGCAGCGGCAGCAGCUGCAGCUGCUGCCGCUGCUGUGGCCAGGCCUCGUGUCACCACAACCGUUUGGGAAGACGAAAACACUUUGUGUUACCAGGUCGAAGCCAACGGCGUAUCCGUGGUGCGCAGGGCGGAUAACGACAUGAUCAACGGGACCAAGCUUUUGAACGUGGCCAAAAUGACCAGAGGACGUCGAGACGGGAUCCUCAAGGCUGAAAAAAUUCGGCAUGUGGUGAAGAUCGGGUCCAUGCAUUUGAAAGGCGUGUGGAUCCCGUUCGAUAGCGCGUUGGCAAUGGCCCAGCGCGAAAAGAUCGUGGACCUAUUGUUCCCGCUAUUCGUGCGCGACAUUCAAGGCGCCAUCCAGCAAGGUGCGUCAUCGGUGCUGGCGGCAAACAUGCAGCCACCGUCACAGCAGAUGGCCGUUUCUGCGCCGCCUUCCAGGGGCACCGCGUACUACGGCGAGUCUGUGGCGACCGGAGUUCCGCCGGGCUACCACCAGCCGUUAGCCGCCUACGGCAACUACCAGUUCCCAGAAUACACGUACGGUGCGGCGGCGGCGCCGGCCGCCGCCGCCGGAGCGGGCCGACAUAUGAUGCCCGGACCUAUGUCUGCAUUGAUAGGACCCGGUCCCGGCCCCGGCAGUCAGAAUCAUCCGCACCAACAUAUACCGGGUCCAGGUCCAGGUCCUCUAGUGCCCGGACCAAACGUCGUUACUCACGGCGGAUCCGGUCUGAUGGCCGGACCUCCUAUAGCCGCUCCGAUAUCCGUUUCGGGCGGCUCGGUCAACGAACAGCACACCCCACAUUCGCAACAACACGUAGUGACCGGUUCCCGGAAUCCCUCGGACGUUGUUAAGUCCGGCUCUGAUCAGCGGCAAGCAUAA